UGGAUUUCUGCUCUUCCCUGGGCAGUGGAGUGUCCGGUGCACUUUGAUCCCCGGAGAGAGGCUUGGCAGAGGCAGCUGGCACUCUGCCCACGCUGGGAACGGACUCCACAGCGCGCCUCGCUGCGUUCCCAGUGGGACAGAGGGUGGGAGUGUGUGAGUCAGGAUGAAGCCUCUGCUCUGGGCUGCCUGCAGCCAACUGCUGCCCCGGGGAGCUGGGCUCUGCACUCCCAAGCCAGCUGUGACCACUGUGGUGACUGCAUCACACCACAGCCUGUGACCUCCGGCUCUUCUGGCUGCCUCCAGCUCCCCAGCCAGUAUGUCUGCAGGGUUCCUCCAGCCCCUGGUCCCAGGGAGCAGAGCCCCCCAGCUGCUGGAGCUCACAGUUCAACGUGCCCCCCAGUGCCCUGCUCGUGGCCAGACCUGCGGGGGUUUGCUCCAUGAUGAGGCUUCCCAUGCAGGCGUCCGCGGAGGGACUGGACGUGGCGUUUGUCGGUGUCCCGCUGGACACAGGCACGUCCAACCGUCCGGGAGCCAGGUUCGGCCCGCGUCAGAUCCGUGCCGAGUCAGCCAUGGUGAGGAGGUACAACGGCAGCACCGGGGCGGCGCCCUUCGACUCCCUGCGGGUGGCUGACAUCGGGGACGUGAACGUGAACCUCUACAACCUGCCCAACAGCUGCCGCCUCAUCCGGGAGGCCUACCAGGAGAUCGUGGCCUCCGGCUGUGUGCCCCUCACCUUGGGUGGAGAUCACACCAUAACAUACCCAAUCCUGCAGGCCCUGGCGGCAAAGGCCACCAUGCACGGGACAGGACUAGCGUGGCCACCCUGUCUCGAUCAGGCACGGUCCUGUGGGACUGGUGCACGUGGAUGCUCACACCGACACCGGGGACACGGCUCUGGGGGAGAGGAUCUACCACGGGAGCCCGUUCCGGCGCUGUGUGGAGGAAGGGCUGCUGGACUGCGGCCGCGUGGUUCAGAUCGGCAUCCGAGCUCCUCCUAUGACCCCGAUCCCCACAAGUACUGCCGGGAACAGGGUUUCCGCCUGGUCCUAGCUGAGGAGUGCUGGAUGAAGUCCCUGGAGCCGCUGAUGAGGCAGGUGAGGGCGCAGAUGGGGGACAAGCCAGUGUACAUCAGCUUCGAUAUCGAUGGGCUGGACCCCGCCUACGCCCCGGGCACCGGCACCCCGGAGAUAGCUGGGCUCACACCUGUGCAGGCUUUGGAGAUUAUUCGUGGCUGCAAAGGACUGAACAUAGUGGGGUGUGACCUUGUGGAAGUCGCACCAAUGUAUGAUGUCUCUGGCAAUACAGCUCUCCUGGGGGCAAACCUACUGUUUGAGAUGCUGUGUGUCCUCCUAGGAGUGAAGGCACUGUGAGGGCAGUUCCCACCUGCCCUGGGGCAACGCUUCUCCGUGUCCUCAGCCAGGCUUUCCACGUCCCCUUCCCUUCAGGCAGCUGCAGCCAGCAUGGGCUUUGCAGAAUGAAAUAAAUGCCAUUCACCACUAGAAAAGGUACUUUUUAGCUGGGAAACUGUAAGGAACAGGCUAGAUACCCCAUUUAGCUGGGGUCUGGAGCUUUGGAGCCGGCCUGGGAAAGGCAUAGAUGAGGCUAAUGCCAUUUUGCCUCUGGAAUGAUUCACCCAGCUCACAGGGCUCCUGGAAAAGCUGUCACUGGUAAAAGG